CAGUCUGAUUGCAAGUUCUUCUCUGUUCUGUUCUGGGUGACUUUUAAAAAAUCUUAAAGAGACAAUUGUUGUAAAGUAUUAAAAAUAAAAGUCAAAACACUUAAAAAUAUUUAUGAAUGUAGUACUUGCUUUUAUAAUUAGUGUCCAUAAUAUCAAAGUUAAACAAUCAAUAAUAGUAGAUAGAAUACAUCUAUUCAAUAAUAAAUAAUCAAGAAUAUUCCAAUAAAAAUUGUAAAGUUUAUUUAAAAAAUGCCCCAUAGUCACUGUAAUCAUGGAAGUCAUGAUCACGAUCAUGGGAACCCAGAUGAAAUAGGUUUACAGUAUAAUCUUUACCAAAAAAUUGAUAAAGAUAAUGUUCAGUGUCUCAAUGAAAGUGUAGAUGGUUCUGGAAAAACUGUAUUUAAGCCUUGGGAGAAGCGUCUGGAUACUUCUGAGUGUGUGGAAAGUGAUGCUGAUGAAGAGCUACUAUUUAAUAUUCCAUUUACAGGCAAUGUAAAGUUAAAGGGUAUUAUAAUAAGAUCAGAAGAUUCAGAUUUACACCCUUCUAAGUUAAGAUUAUUCAAAAAUAAGCCCAAUAUGACAUUUGAUGAUGCCUCAAUGGAACCAGAUCAAGUGUUUGAGCUGCAAAAAGAUAGCCAAGGCCUUUUAGAGUAUACACCUAAAAUAGUCACAUUUUCAUCUGUGUCACAUUUGACAAUGCAUUUUCCGACAAAUUUUGGUGCGGAAACAACCAAAAUUUAUUACAUUGGCUUGAAAGGAGAAUGGACACAAGGACACAAGCAUGGAGUGACAAUUUGUACAUAUGAAUCAAGACCUAUGCUUGAUGAUCAUAAGUUAAAACAAUUUGAUUCUGUUGGCAGACCAAUAGAGUGAAACAAAUUAUGACAAUUGUAAAUACUUCAUAGUAUAUUCAUAAUUUGUUUUAUUAUUAAAAUAAACUACUGCAUAU